AUGUCUGGAUACAAUAAUUUAGUUUAUCUGGUGUUUUGUUUUACGGUCUUUCUUAACAUUAGUAAUGUCGCAAGCUUGGUCACACCACCCAUAGAUCAGUGUAAUCUUAUCAAUGGAAUGGAUCGUCCUUUAAUUAUACCUGACUCCAGUAUUUCUACUUUUCCCUACGUUGAUCCUGAAAGAGUAAGAGCAGGAGAAGCAUGGUUUAUAGCAGGUAUUAAGCCUAUUAUAAUUAUUAACCUAUCACUAUCAUCUACUGAAGAAGUUGAAAUAAGAAGUGUAUCUGUUAAUGUGUGGAAUGUUGAAUUUAUAGACGUUACACCAAUUUCUUCAAAUGAUGUCGAGAAAACCAGCGAUAUCGUAACAAAAAGAGUCAGUGGUUUAGAAGCAAGUAUUUCUUUCCCAAACGAUGUAACAGCUGAUAAAAUCCGAAUUGCUUUGUCACCAACAGACAGCAACUUAGUAGUGGGCAUAACUUCAAAAUUGGACGUAAGAGCUUGUUUCCAAAAGCCUGAUAAAGUACAUAAUUUAGCUGUCAUUUCAAUUGAUAACAACGAAACUUUUGCUGUGGUAACCUGGAAAUGUCCAGUGGAAAGCAGUCUCUUUAUAAGGGGCUAUGAAUUGACCUCUUCUUUAGACGUAGUCGUAACCUACUUUUAA